AUGGCUCCUCAUGGUCUUGGUUCCUGCCUUUGGCGGGUCUCUACCUCUCUUCUUCUCUUUUUGGCUGCCUCGACUAUCUCUGCCACUUCAAGUGUCGAUAAUGGCAAACUGUUUACGGUCAAUGGCAUCAACUACUAUAGCAGUGAUGCGGUCUCGAGAGUAGUUACCUCAGAUCUUAAUUCGACUCGAUUCGAUGCAAUCGUUCCCCUGACGGUCGUUCGGACAGAUGAAGCUCUACUCACCAAGAACAUUAUACAAGAAACUAUUUCAAACUAUUCGGCCACCGAUGAUGUUUUCCACACCGGAUUUCUUGAAGCGGUUUUCCUUGUCUACGACGGAGAUGGUCGUGGCCAAGUCGAGUCUGCUGUUCAAAAGGCUCUACAUGGGCUUGGAAAUAAACUUGUGAUGGCCUCUUCCAGCUACCAAGCUGGGGAGCAUAUCACAUCCGCCAAACUGGUCCAUGACAUACCAAAGGGGCCCUACUUUUACUCACCGCGGACUGGAGAGAUCUAUCAGGCUUUCCGCCUGUACUCCGAUCAUCAGCUAGCAUUCACUGAAGCUGCUCUUAGCGAUGGGACCGGGGGAUUUAAGCCCUUGCCAGCAAGCUCAUCGGGUGCUAUGACGAAGAGCGUUGCUGUACCAUCUAGGUUAUACUACACGCCAACACCGACGAAGCCACUUGCAGGGCUACGUUUAGGAGUGAAAGAUAUCUUUGAUCUAAAGGGUCUACGGACUAGCGGUGGAAAUCGGGCGUUUUACGACUUAUACCCUCCGCGAAACACUACUGGCCCCGCACUCCAAAGACUCAUAGAUGCGGGAGCUAUUAUCGUAGGGAAAAUGGGAACUGUGCAAUUUGCAAAUGGAGACAAUCCAACAGCUGAUUGGGUCGACUUCCACUGUCCUUUCAACCCUCGGGGUGAUGGCUAUCAAAGCCCUGGUGGUUCUUCGUCAGGACCUGGUGCUGGUAUCGCAUCUUACGACUGGCUGGACAUUGCCGUUGGAAGUGACACAGGCGGCUCUAUGCGCAACCCAGGUGGAAUGCAGGGGCUCUUCGCCAACCGCCCUUCUACUGGGGCUGUAUCUCUUGACAAUGUUCUUCCACUUUGUCACGCACUCGAUACAGCUGGCGUUUUUGCUCGCAAUGCUGCAACCUGGUCAAAGGUUAUCCAUGCAUGGUACCCUAACUUCACUAACUAUAGGGAAUAUCCGAAAAGGCUGUUCUACCAGAACUCUUCUUUCCCUAGCUCCAACACCACAUCCGGUGCAAUUCUUGAGGAAUUUGUUAUGAAAGUGGAGGAUUUCAUGGACUACGCAGCAAAGCACGAUGGUCGCCGACCAUUUGUGAAUCCAGGUCCCUUAGCACGAUGGACCUGGGGCCAGAAUAAUGGCGGUGACACCGCAUACAGCGAAGCUAUGAAGAACAAAACGAUCUUCAAAGACUGGUGGGAAUCAGAUGGAUACGGAAAGGCAGACAAACAGACUUGCUCUGAGGGUAUCUAUAUAUAUCCUUACAGCAAGGGUCAGACACAGUAUCGGAAUGCCUAUUUUGAUGCACCUUCUGCGCCUCCGAUGGGCUUCUCGGAUGGUCGGAUCUCCAUCUUGGCCGGGACCCCUGAUCUGGUAGUUCCUAUUGGAGAGGUCCCCUAUUACUCUACGAUCUCGCUCAAAACGGAGUUCAUGCCGGUUACUAUGAGCUUUGGCGCAGCCCGGGGCUGUGAUUUAAUGCUGGUCAAUCUAAUCGAGGAUUUGGAACAGGCGGGUAUCUUGAAGCCCGUGAGCACAGGGUCAAUGAUGUACCCUGCGUGA